UAACAUUGAAAAUAUGCGCUCUGACAGAGAAAGAAAAUCUUCAUACUAUUCACAAAGAAGACGUUCUAGAUCUAGGUCUUACUCUAGGUCUAGGCGUCCCAGGUCAAGGUCCAGGUCUAGAUGUACCAGGGACAAGUGCCAUUCCAAUAGGUCUAGAGGUCCUAGUCCCAGGUCGAGAUCUAGAUGUACCAGGGACAAGUGCCAUUCCAAUAGGUCUAGAUGUCCUAGUCCCAGGUCGAGAUCUAGAUGUACCAGGGACAAGUGCCAUUCCAAUAGGUCUAGGACCCCUAGUCCUCAUCGGCCUAGGAAUAUUAGACCUAGUAGUAGUGGUACUAGUUCUUCGGUCAUCAAGAUAGACCGGACAUCAACACCUGCAAGAGAGAAGGUGCCUGUAUUACUAGAUCAGCUCAACGAACCAGAAUUCCCUGAGCUGUUUGGUACACAUGAGCCGCAAGCGUGGUAGGGACGAUGAUACAGAUUGGUACCCUGCUGCAAAACGGCCCGCCAUCCAAGUCAACCCAAGUCAUCCCAACUUUCGGAGGUAUUUUUACUAGUUUGUUAUUUUAGUGUAGUAAUGCUGUAGGGGGUGUAGGGUAGUUAGUUGUUUUUAUCCAAUGAUGUUGUCAAUAACCCUCAAGUUUGUAAUUUCACCAGUUUUCUGAAAUUUUAUCCGUAUAUCCAGUUAUAUUUUGGAGCAAAUACUAAGUUAAAUCAUCGGGAUCAGUUUUUUUUAUCA